UUAGACUCAAUUAUGAACUGUGAACAAACAGCCUGUUGGGAAUACAGUGUAUUAGGAAAGUUUGUUAAAACUACUCUUGUUUAUAAAGCACCAAAAGACAUGAAAAAAUUUACAUUACCUAAUAAAACAUUCAAAAAUUUAAAUAAGCCGGACUACGUAAUUAUUUGGAUGUUAAAUAAUGGAGUUUCAGACGAAGAAAUAAUUAAAAAGUGGAAUGAUAACUUAAAAAAAACAUAUAAGACAUAUUAUACUGAAGGAAAGACUAUUGAAAAGACUUGUAAUGACUAUCAUGGUAAAAAUGAUAACCUGGAAUCAUCAUCUAAGUCAAAUGACGAAAUUAAACAUUUAACUAUCACUCAUACAGGUAUCAUUGAUGAAGAAGUCACAUAUGCUCAGAUUAAUCAUGAUGAAAACUCAAAAAACGAUUAUGAUAGUAAACACAAUAAUGUGGAACACAUAAAUAAAUCAGAUGAUGAAGUUAAAAAUUUAAAUAUAAGUGAAACACAAAUCAUUUUAGAAGAAAUUCUAUAUAAACUGUCUGAUUAUCAUGAAAACUCAAUCAACGAUCAUGAUAGUAAACACAAUAAUGUGGAACACAUAAAUAAAUCAAAUGAUGAAGUGAAACAUUUAAAUAUAACUGAAAUACAAAUCAUUUUAGAAGAAAUUUUAUAUAAAGUGUUUGAUUAUCAUGAAAACUCAAACAACGAUCAUAAUAGUAUACACAAUGAUAUGGAACACAUAAAUAAAUCAGAUAAUGGAGUUGAACAUUUAAAUAUAACUGAUACCCAAAUCAUUGCAAAAGAAAUCACACAUACGCAGUCUGAUCAUCAUGAAAAUUCAAACAACGAUUAUGUUAGUAAGCGCAAUGAUGUAGAAAAUCACAGUAAUAAGUCAGAUGAAGAUGUUAAACAUUCAAAUAUCAUUGAAAACUCAAUCAACGAUAAUGAUGGCAAACAUGAUGAUGUUAAUAUCUCAUCAAGUAAAUUUUUCGGAAAAGGUUAUCGGUAUAUAGGUCUAAACGUGUUUUUUAGACUUAAAAUUAGAUUUUAUGUAAAUAUCUAAUCAAAGUAAAAACAGGAAAUCAGUUAAGAAUGAACAAGAA